AUGAUGCAACAACACCAAGAAUGUAAUGCUCAAUACAAGUCCAUCAGUAGAAGUAUCGAGCAAACAACAAAUCAGGUGAAUGUUCAUUUGAGAAAUUUGGAUCGGCUGAAGAAGAAGAUGGUCAGUGAGGAAAAGAAGAAUGCCAUUAAUUUAUUAAAAAGUAUGAGAAUUGAAACUGGUGGAGCAGAGAUACCAUUCAGUAAACCUCGGAAGAGAGGAAUUACAUCGAAAUUUUCCAAUGGGGUUGGAUUAAAAUCAGAAGACUUGGCUGAUGAAUAUUUGGUUCCUUUAAAACAGAGAUAUCCUGAAACUGGGUAUGAUUUUGAAGUGAAGGAUAUUGAAGAUAUCAAAGAUUUCGAUAAGGAUUCUAAAUAUUAUGAACAAAUGCAUGAAUUGAUCCACUCUCCACGAAAUACUAUUCCUGAUAUAAUAGAUGAAAAGAAAAAGAGAAGAGAGGAGGAAGAACGUAAAAAGAAGGAGGAACAAGAAGAGGCUAUGAGACUUGAACGCAAAAACAAACUCAAAACCAAGUUAAUAGCCUCAAAGAAAUUAAUCAUGCUCAGUUCAUUAUCUUUCAAACGAACUUCAAGUCAACUUGAACACAAAGCACAAGAAAAACCAGUGGAAGAGGAAGACGAAUUUGAAAAAACAAGAGCCGAACUCUUUGGCUCAAAACCGAAAAAAGUUGAAACUCAAAAAACACCGCCUACAGAAAAGAAAGCCUCCUCACUCCUCAAAAUGUUGGGUAUUCCAGAAGGUGAGGAUUCAAGAGAUAGUAGUCCAACCAAUGAAAAGAGUCAAAGAAAACCUCAAGUCUCAUUCUCAGCCAUGAUGGAGAGAAGAUAUUCAAACAAGAAGAUGUAG